AUGAUGUUCCCAACCAAAUUUGCCGUUCUUUCAACCUUUGUCGCCGCCGUCAACGCGUUGACCAUUAACACUCCUGCCUCGUUGAUCGAGUGUCAGCCCGCUUCAAUCACCUUCUCUGGUGGUUCUGCCAGUCCUUAUUACCUCUCCAUCCUUCCAGGUGGUCAACCCAGUGCUGCUGCUCUUGAGAACCUUCCUAACGCAGACACUUCUCCCGUCACCUGGACUGUUGACAUUGCUUCCGGCACCAACAUUACCAUCAAAAUCACUGAUGGAUCAGGUAACAUUGCCUAUUCAUCAGCUGUUGUAGUUCAAGCUGGAUCAUCUACCAGCUGUCUCGGUACAAACAGCGGUAGCAGCAGUGCAUCUGCUUCAUCUGACUCAUCAGCUACUUCAGCCGCCGCUUCAUCUGGUUCAACCGCAUCCGCCGCUUCUGGAUCUGGAUCAGCUACUAGUGCCGCAGGAUCAGCCGCAUCAGCUGCCAAAUCUUCCGGUACUGCCGCUGCUUCCGCCGCUGCUUCCUCAGCUUCCUCAGCUGCCUCAUCCGCUCUCCUCACUAAACAAAACGCAGGUGCCGCAGCUAUCAUCUUGGGUUUCGUAGCUUCCGCCAUGGCAGUCAUCGUAUAA